CGCACAGUAUCAGAACCCACUCAUUUAUUCGUCUGCACGUCGGCGAUGCGGCGAGGACUGGGCUUCAGCUUCUUGUUGCUUGUACAUCCAGCCAUGGCUUCUUCCAUGACGUCGUUGCUCUUCCGUGCGGCCUCGACGAGCCUCAUAGCACGGCGCAUCACGGACGUCGUCCAGGACGAAGAGGCAAGUGGUGCCAAUGCGGACAUGGCAGACACAGGCUCGGAGGAAUCCGACAUCAUGACUGUAAUCCAUUAUAUCGCGAUUGUUCUGCUCAUUAUCAUGUCGGCCAUCUCGUCGGGGCUCACACUGGGACUUAUGUCACUGGACAAAGUGAGUUUGAAUGUGAUCGUCCGCGCUGGAGAUCGUCCAGGAGCUACAAAAGACGAGAUGAAGAAGGCCAAGGCCGCCAGACGCAUUCUACCCGUCCGAGCGGACAGCAACCUGCUGCUUACGACGUUAGUACUCACUACUGUGGCGGUAAACAGUCUGCUGUCGAUUCUGAUGGCAGAUUUGACCAGUGGCCUCGUGGGUUUCUUCGUGUCGACCAUCCUCAUUUUAAUUUGUGGCGAAAUUGUCCCGCAAUCACUCUGCUCGAGACACGCACUGGCAAUAGGAUCGAUGUUUGUACCGGUCGUGAGAGUGUUGAGACUCAUGCUGUACAUUUUCGCCAAACCGGUCAGCUACGUGCUGGACCGCACAGUCGGUGAGGAUGUGGGCACGGUAUUCACCAAGCGGGAGCUUCAGAAACUCGUGGAAAUUCACGUGAGACAGAAGAUCAUGCACCCCGAAGAGGGGUAUAUUGUACGCGGCGCGAUGCGGUACAAGACAAAAGUCGUCAGCGAUAUUAUGAUCCCGGCCGAGAAACUCUUCUCCCUUCCGGCCAGCACGAUACUCAACUUAGAGACUCUCAAGAUGAUCUACAACAAUGGAUACAGUCGCAUUCCGGUGUGGAAUAAAGACCCGAACGACGUGGUGGGCAUCGUCUUCACAAAGGACUUGAUCUACGUGGAUCCGAACGAAGACGUGCCCCUUAUGGCAUUUGCACGUGUGUUUGCAGUCGCAGCACACCGUAUUUGGCUCGAUGCACAGCUUGGUGAGGUGCUCAGCGUCUUCAAAAUGGGCAGCACCCACAUGGCACUAGUGUACGAUGUCAAUAAUUCUGGACCGGGUGAUCCGUUCUACGAGCUGAAAGGCUUAGUGACACUUGAAGACAUCGUAGAGGAAAUCCUGCAGGCCAAAAUCAUCGACGAGACCGACUCAGUCGAGGCCAGGAAAGAGCGUCAAAACUGCACGGAUCAAAUCGGGUAUAGUGACGGGGGUGAGUUGGCAGCCCGCGCCGUCGUCUUGCUUGCACCUACCCAUACCAGCUCUCGCCGUGACCCGCUCUGACUUCGUCACCUCCUUCUCAGUCUAUUCAGAUGAAGUCCCUCUCCUUUCAGAGAGCAAGACGACUUUCGGCACAGCUCUUGGAGCUUCAGAAUUACACUUCCAGUACUAAUAGAGCAGAUAUCAUCACGCAUGGCAAUGCCAUCGUAGUCAGCAUUUACACCAUCACUACAAAAGACCAAGAAUGCUGGAAUCAAGCGCAGCGAUUUAUUAUCU